GCCGCCGGCCCAUGUGCCGCUGCCCGAGGCGGCUCCAACGGCCCCGGGCGGCGCGUAACGAGCGGCGCGGAGCUCGAGAGCGCGGGGCUCGAGAGCGCGGGGCUGAGGGGCUUCCCCGAGCCGGCAGUGCUGGGGGGAGCGACCGCGAGAGAGGUCUGUAGGCCUGGGGCCGCGCACAAAGGUGGCCGGGAGCGGGGCCGAGGCCCAGCGGGCUGCAAGCAGUCUCUAGCGAGAGGCGCGGUGCCCGCCGUGCCCGGGCAGGGUCCUGAGAGCGGCUCCAGCCUGCGCUGGGGGGAGCCGCCGCCGGGCAGAGCGCUGUCCCCGGGUUCCGACGCCCCCUCACAAAGGCGCGUGACGGGGCGGGGCGGCCACCGCCCCCUCCCCCCGCCCAGGCCGGGGCGGACUCUUUUUCUCUCGCUCCUUACCCCCCCUCUCCCCGUUCCACCCCCCCCCCCCCCUCCCGGCGGAGGCGCACGUCCCGUUCCAGCGGCGCUCGGCGGCCCAGUGGCUGUUAGAGGAUUGUUCGGAGCGGCAGCGGCGGAGCAGACCCGGCCCGGGCCAUGGCCGAGUUCCUGCCCCCGCCCGAGUGCCCCGUCUUCGAGCCCAGCUGGGAGGAGUUCGCCGACCCCUUCGCCUUCAUCCACAAGAUCCGGCCCAUCGCCGAGCAGACCGGCAUCUGCAAGGUGCGGCCGCCGCCGGACUGGCAGCCUCCAUUUGCGUGUGAUGUCGAUAAGCUUCACUUUACACCGAGGAUCCAGAGGCUCAAUGAACUAGAGGCCCAAACUCGUGUAAAGCUGAAUUUUCUGGACCAGAUUGCAAAGUUUUGGGAGCUUCAAGGAUGUACGCUGAAAAUUCCACAUGUGGAGAGGAAGAUCUUGGAUUUAUUUCAGCUUAACAGACUAGUCGCAGAAGAAGGAGGAUUUGAUGUAGUUUGCAAAGAGAGAAAAUGGACCAAAAUAGCCACUAGGAUGGGAUUCGCUCCUGGCAAAGCCGUGGGUUCGCACAUCCGUGCACAUUACGAGCGCAUUCUCUAUCCUUACAACUUAUUCCAGUCUGGAGCGAGCCUGUUGUGCUUGCAGAAACCAGAUCUCACCAGUGACACAAAGGACAAGGAAUAUAAGCCCCACGAUAUUCCGCAGAGACAGUCUGUUCAGCCAUCUGAAACUUGUCCGCCUGCUCGUCGAGCAAAACGCCUAAGCGCAGAGGCAACCAAUAUUAAAACUGAAUCUGACGCUCCAGAAGCCAGAACUCACAACCUGAGACGUAGAAUGGGAUGUGCACCUCCAAAGGGUGAAAACGAAAAGGAAAUGCAUAGCACAGUGAAACUUCCCGAGAAGCGAGAACAUGCUGGGGAGCCAGAGAAAGACAAAUCCAAAGUCCGAUCUAAAAAACCCACUAAUGCUGUGGAUUUGUAUGUCUGUCUCUUAUGUGGCAGUGGUAACGAUGAGGACCGUCUCCUGUUGUGUGAUGGCUGUGAUGACAGUUACCAUACUUUUUGUUUAAUUCCACCCCUUCAUGAUGUUCCCAAAGGGGACUGGAGAUGUCCCCAGUGUUUGGCUCAGGAGUGUAACAAGCCUCAAGAAGCAUUUGGUUUUGAACAAGCAGCAAGAGACUAUACACUUCGCACGUUUGGAGAAAUGGCAGACGCAUUCAAGUCAGACUAUUUUAACAUGCCAGUACAUAUGGUCCCCACUGAGCUGGUUGAAAAAGAAUUCUGGAGACUUGUUAGUACCAUCGAAGAGGAUGUGACAGUAGAAUAUGGAGCUGAUAUUGCUUCAAAGGAAUUUGGCAGUGGCUUCCCAGUUAGGGGUGGGAAAUUUAAAGUUAGACCGGAAGAAGAGGAAUACCUUGAUAGUGGCUGGAAUUUAAACAACAUGCCUGUGAUGGAGCAGUCUGUUCUUGCUCACAUCACUGCAGACAUAUGUGGAAUGAAAUUACCCUGGCUAUACGUAGGAAUGUGCUUUUCUUCAUUUUGUUGGCAUAUAGAAGACCACUGGAGCUAUUCGAUUAACUAUCUGCAUUGGGGGGAGCCUAAAACGUGGUAUGGAGCCCCAGGGUAUGCAGCUGAACAGCUGGAGGAUGUAAUGAAGAAGCUUGCUCCAGAGCUAUUUGAAUCUCAGCCAGAUCUCUUGCACCAACUUGUCACCAUAAUGAACCCGAAUACUUUGAUGGCCCACGGAGUGCCUGUUUAUCGAACCAAUCAGUGUGCUGGAGAGUUUGUGAUCACCUUCCCAAGAGCUUAUCACAGUGGCUUCAAUCAGGGUUUCAAUUUUGCUGAAGCUGUGAACUUCUGCACAGUUGACUGGCUACCAUUGGGUCGCCAAUGUGUGGAACAUUACCGUCUGCUAAACCGUUACUGUGUGUUUUCUCACGAUGAGAUGAUCUGUAAAAUGGCUUCCAAAGCAGAUGUUCUUGAUGUUGUGGUAGCAUCUAUGGUUCAGAAAGACAUGGCUAUUAUGAUUGAAGAUGAGAAGAGGUUGCGUGAGAAGGUUGAUAAACUGGGAGUGACUGACUCGGAGCGAGUGACCUUUGAGCUGUUUCCUGACGACGAGCGACAGUGCUUAAAGUGUAAAACCACCUGCUUCAUGUCUGCUGUUUAUUGUCCGUGUAAACCUGGGUUAUUGGUGUGCUUGUACCAUGUUGAGGAUCUCUGCUCCUGUCCCAUCUACAAGUAUAAACUGGGGUACCGCUACACCCUGGAGGAGCUGUAUCCGAUGAUGAACGCACUAAAGAUGCGUGCGGAGUCAUACAACGAAUGGGCUUCCAAUGUUAAUGAAGCUCUGGAGGCAAAAAUUAACAAUAAAAAAAGUCUCGUCAGUUUUAAGGCUUUGAUAGAAGAAUCAGAAAUGAAAAAGUUUCCUGACAAUGAUCUACUGCGACACCUCAGACUGGUUACGCAGGAUGCAGACAAAUGUGCCUCGGUGGCACAGCAGCUUCUUAAUGGCAAAAGACAAACCAGGUACCGCUCCGGAGGAGGAAAGUGUCAAAACCAGCUGACUGUGAACGAGCUCCGGUUGUUCGUGAGGCAGCUGUACGCUCUGCCCUGUGUCCUCAGCCAGACACCGUUACUGAAGGAUCUUCUUGAUCGUGUGGAAGCUUUUCAACAGCAAAGCCAAAAACUGCUUUCUGAAGAAAUGCCGAGUGCUGCAGAACUUCAGGAGCUGUUGGAUGUCAGCUUUGACUUUGACGUUGACCUACCCCAACUGGCUGAACUGCGGAUACGUCUGGAACAGGCGCGCUGGCUCGAGGAUGUGCAGCUGGCUUCCUCAGACCAAAACUCUCUUACUCUAGAUGAUAUGAGACGCCUUAUAGACUCAGGUGUUGGACUCGCUCCCUACCCAGCAGUUGAGAAAGCGAUGGCGAAGCUGCAGGAGCUCCUUACUGUCUCUGAACACUGGGAUGACAAAGCCAGAAAUCUGAUAAAGGCCAGACCACGGCAGUCACUGAGCAGUCUGGUGGCAGCAGUGAAAGAAAUAGAGGAGAUCCCAGCCUAUCUCCCGAACGGCGUCGCGCUGAAGGACGCAGUGCAGAAGGCCAAGGACUGGUUGCAGGAAGUGGAAGGUCUGCAGGCUGGAGGACGCGUGCCUGUGCUGGACACGCUAGCGGAACUCGUCACGAGAGGUCGAUCUAUCCCAGUGCAUCUGGACUACCUGCCGAGGCUGGAGUCCCUGGUGUCCGAAGUUCAGGCGUGGAAGGAGUGUGCAGCGAACACGUUUCUGUGCGAGAACUCCCCUUAUUCUCUUCUGGAGGUCUUAUGUCCCCGCUGUGAUAUUGGAAUGCUGAGUCUGAAGAGGAAGCAGAAGAAGCUGAAGGAGGCAGUGCCGAGUGGAAAGAAGAAAAGCACUAAGCUGGAGACUCUGAGUGACUUAGAAAGAGCGCUCUCCGAGAGCAAAGAUACUGCGUCUGCGAUGGCUACGCUUGGGGAAGCCCGAUUAAAGGAGAUGGAAGCGUUGCGUUCUCUGCGAGCAGCAAACGAAGUCAAGGUGCUGUCUAGUGAAGAGGACGCAGAACUGAAAGUCUGUCUGUGCCAGAAGGAGCCGGCUGCUCCCAUGAUCCAGUGUGAACUCUGCAGAGGGUUCUUCCAUACCGGCUGUGUUUCGGUGCCCAACGUUUUGCAGGGACCUCGUGUAUGGCUCUGCCCACACUGUCAUCGAUCAGAAAAGCCACCCUUAGAAAAGAUCUUGCCAUUGCUGGCCUCCUUGCAGCGUAUCCGUGUGAGGCUUCCUGAGGGGGAUGCCUUACGGUAUAUGAUCGAGAGAACUGUGAACUGGCAGCACAGAGCACAACAAAUGUUAUAUUCAGGGAACCUAAAACUUAUACAAGACAAAGUUGGCUCAGGAUUAUUGUACAGCAGAUGGCAAGCCACAGCAGGCCAAUUGCCAGAGACAAACAAGGUUUCCCAGACAAUUGGAGCAAUGUCGUUCUCCAUGCCUCAUGACUGGGAUAACAGAACCAUAUAUUUGCAUUCUCCAUUUUCGACAGGACAGCACUGCAUCCCACUUCAUGUCGUUAGCACGGAGCUGGACGAGCUGAUGAUGGAAGCCCAGCUGCUACAGGUUUCUCUGCCUGAAAUACAGGAGCUGUACCAGAUCCUGUUCACAAAGCAAACGGAGCAGAGAUCACCCGUUGGAGCGGCAAGUGAAAAGAACGAAUGCUGCAGAGGAAAAAAGGAUGGAAUUAGUUACACGGAGAGAAAACUAAAGCGGCGUUUUGAGAGAGAGAGCUUCUGUGAUGAGAAGAGAGCAAGAGUAAAAAAAAUGAGAACACCCAAAAAGAAGAAACUGAAACUGAAUCACUCAAAGGACGUCUGCACUAACAAACUGGAGAGAGAGCGGGAGCGUCUCUUUGAGAUGCAGCGUUCCAGUGAAAACCACUUGCUUCCCUCAGACAUGUCGUUCUCUGAGCAGGAGGACUCUGAGGAUGAAGACGCCAUCUGCCCUGCUGUGAACUGUCUGCAGCCUGAGGGAGAUGAGGUGGAUUGGGUCCAGUGCGACGGCAGCUGCAACCAGUGGUUCCACCAGGUGUGUGUGGGCAUCUCUCCAGAAAUGGCAGAGAAGGAGGACUACAUCUGCGUCAGCUGCACUGGGAAGGACUCUCAGUAUCGGAAGUAAAACUCCCCAUAAACCAUUCAGGACUUGAAUAAAGAAGGUUAUCAGAGUUUUCCAAUAACGCCACAGGGGCUGGUUUAAGAACCAGAUUGCAAAUGGUGCUACUUCUAUCCUUAUGGGAUCAUUUUCCAGAACUCAAAACGAUUUUUGACACUUUUGUAUUUUUCCCUUGAUCUGUUUGUGGUUGUUGAGGUUUGAGAUGCUGACUGUUUAGCAGGGGUUUCCACCAAUUUGGAAGGCAUUUGAAACACGCACCUUUUAUUGUACAGCAUUAAAUUACCUCUCUGGGAUUUACCGGCGUAUUUAAUUCAGCUUGGUUGAGGUGCAAAAAAAACCUGCACCACGAAUUUUCCAAUAAGUCCUCUUUUGAGGAAAUCCCUGUUUACUCUGUUAAUUCUUUGGAGACUUUAGUUUUUUUCCACUUUGUUUUUCGUAGACUAGGUUUAUUUAUCUGAGCAAUAACUUCUAUGUCUGGUUUCAGUGACUGGAAUGACAAUUCUGAACAGCGUGUUGCUUCUAGCAUUGGUUGAUGUACAGAAAGCGAAUGUUAGACCCUAGUGUCACUGAUGGCCCAGUGACGUAGAAGACAGGAAAAAAAAAAAAAAAGCUCUGUAAAGUAAUUGCCACAGCUGUAUUUUGGCUUUCUCCUUUUUUGGGUAGCUUGUAUCAAAUGUUGCAGUUUAUAUUGUGGAAUAAACCCCUGGUUAUGUUAUAAAAUUAAAUGUUGGUGUUUUUAGA